AUGUGCGCUCACAAUGUUUUCCACAAAUAUCUCAUGCUAGAUUUACCUCGAAAAAAGCAAUGGAUAGAGACUAGCGAUGGAAGACAGAUUAAGCAGCCACGACAAACGGAACGUACACCGAUCCCGACAAGUCUUUGCUAUUAUCCUCACAAACCAUGUAUUCUCCUUCGAUUUCAAAAUCUCACGGUCCUGCUCGACUGUGCGGUAGACUUCUCAUCCUUCAAUCACUUUCUACCAUACGUUUAUGAUGAGAGAUCGCGGUUGAAAAACCUCCCUUCCUUUCAUGGUGACACACUUUCAUAUCUCAAGCAGUUGAAUGAAAAUGUUUUUAUAGAAGCAGUUCCAGAGGUCCACCUUGUGCCGUUGGAGUCUUUGUCAAUGAGCACUGUGGAUUGCGUGCUUAUUUCGAAUUGGAAUUCGCUUAUUGCACUGCCAUUUUAUGUGGAAAAUUCGGGAUUUAGAGGAACAAUAUAUGCGACAGAGCCUGUUGUACAAUUCGGACGGUUGAUGAUGUUAGAGUUGAUCGAGUAUUUCGAGAGGAUUGAAUUGGAAGGCAGCGUUUCAGUACUUGCAUGUCCAAGUGGUUAUUCAAUAGGAUCUGCGAACUGGGUUUUCAAAACAGAGUAUGAGCGGGUAGGAUACAUGGCGUCUUCUUCGAUUCGCUCUACGCACUCACGACCAGUUGAAUGGGAGAAGCUUCAAGAUGCCGAUGCGCUCAUCAUGACAUCUUUGAGUAGAACACCGGAUUUCAGCUCCGAGGGAGCAAUAAUCGAAGUUGCUCAAACUGUCAUGGACACAUUGAAAAGAGGUGGAAAUGUUUUGAUGCCUGUGAAUCCUGUUGGUUCUAUCUAUGACCUGAUUGACGUGGUUUCUAGAAGCAUAGAUAAUGCAGGAGGAGCCACAUUGGAAGCACGAAUAUAUUUCAUUUCACCUGUUGCAAAAGGCGCUUUGGCCUAUUCGAACGUCAAUGCUGAAUGGCUUGCGGAAUCGCGCCAAAAUGCCGUGUAUGUUCCUGAAGAACCAUUCUGUCAUACAGCGUUAGUGCGCAAUGGAAGACUCAAGUUGUACGACAACAUCUAUGAGUCUUUUUGCAGAGAGUAUAAAACCCCUUGUGUGGUGCUUACUGGUCACCCUUCUCUUCGCAUAGGUGAUGCACCGCAUUUGUUGGAAAUGUGGGGAAACGAUUCGAAGAACGCUUUGAUAAUGACAGAUCCUGACUAUCCACUGAAUGAAGUGUAUGCUCCUUAUGAAGAUCUUGCGAUUCGAGCAUUCUACUAUCCUAUCGAAACUCGACUUGAGUUUUGCCAAGUGAAUACCGUUCUGCUCCCUGUGGAAUUAAAGCCUAAGAAUCUCAUCAUUCCGGAGGUAUAUUCCUUAUCUCACAACUCCAAGUCUCCUACCCACAAUCGAAUUGAAUUUGUCGUUCAAUACAAUUCCACCACGCCCAUGAAAUACGACGAGCAAAUAUCAAUUUCACUGCCCUCGAAGAAAAUGAGGAAAAGGAAGAUAAAGAUAAGCCCUGAUGUCAUAAAACGACUCGAACUCCGCGGUCAUUACGCCAAUCCUGAAAUUGGCAUUACUUCACUUACGGGAUUCCUCUGUGCCUACGAUGGCGCCUACGAACUUCUUCCUGCCAAGAAGAAGGUCGGCGCACUCCGGCCCAAGUAUGCUGGACAACUCACUACGGACAUAAUUUUGAAAGCUCUCCAAAAGCGAAAUCUCUCUGGACGUGUGAUCAACCAUCCUGAUGGUGAACGAAAGAUUGUUCGAAUAGAUUCGAUCAAUUCUGCGAUAACGUUGGAUGCAGAAGGAAUGAGCACAAAUAUUCAGUCGCCGAAGGAGCACAGAAUGAUGCUUCUCGAUGCUGUGACCUCUGUACAGCAUUUAAUGAGCAUUCGAUGUCUGGUGAGAAGUUAUUGCUGCCGUGGAGAUCAAGCAUUGCAAAACAAACCCUCUAACUUGUCGCAUGCCUUGUUUCCCUCCGUGACUCAAUACGAACUCUUUUCUCCGGACUUUGAGUCGUCGUCGCAGAUCGAAGAGCCGCCACCGUUGAGCGAGGACGUACUCCCAAAGGUGUUAUCCAAGAAGGACCUCUACAUACACGCUGAUGAAGUGGCAACAGCUAAGAAAAGUGGAUGUGCUCCUGUUAAACGAGCUCUCACGCUCGUUCGAGGGUUUCUUCACGGUCGAUCGCAGUUGAAAACGUCACUUUCUGAUCGCUCAGUGACGCUUUUCAAUUUUCAUUCAACUGAUUUUGCUGAAAAACUAGUGCACUCCAACAUCGGGAGCCUCGUUUUGGUAGAGAGUGAGCACAAUUAUGCGAGGCAAGCUAAG